GCAGCGCCUGGCCUGAUGCUUGCCUCCGCGUUCUCUCCCGUGAACGCCAAGGUUUAAGCAGAGCCUGAGGACUGGGAACUCUUCCCUGAAAUUCGAUCAACCUGAAGCCAGUUGCAGAACUGCACCGGGUCCAGAUGGACCUCAAGGAGAGCCCCAGCGAGGGCAGCUUGCAACCUUCUAGCAUCCAGAUCUUUGCCAACACCUCCACGCUCCAUGGCAUCCGCCACAUCUUCGUGUAUGGGCCGCUGACCAUUCGGCGUGUGCUUUGGGCCGUAGCCUUCGUGGGCUCCCUGGGCCUGCUGCUGGUGGAGAGCUCUGAGAGGGUGUCCUACUACUUCUCCUACCAGCACGUCACCAAGGUGGAUGAAGUGGUGGCCCAAAGCCUGGUCUUUCCAGCUGUGACCCUCUGCAACCUCAAUGGCUUCCGCUUCUCCAGGCUCACCACCAAUGACCUGUACCAUGCUGGGGAGCUGCUGGCCCUCCUGGACGUCAACCUGCAGAUCCCGGACCCACACCUGGCCGACCCCAUGGUGCUGGAGGCCCUGCGGCAGAAGGCCAACUUCAAACACUACAAACCCAAGCAGUUCAGCAUGCUGGAGUUCCUCCAUCGCGUGGGCCAUGACCUGAAGGAUAUGAUGCUCUAUUGCAAAUUCAAAGGGCAGGAGUGUGGCCACCAAGACUUCACCACAGUGAGUACUUGGUUUUCAGAUCACUCUUGCGUUUGGUUCUCUUGA